GAGUCAGAAGAGUGCGCGUGAGGACGGACGGCCUGUACCUGCGCGUGUGUGACUGUCUUCGUCGGAGUCGUAAUCGACUUGGACCAUGGCACAGAUGUCCUUUCCUGUAGAGGGAUGACGAAAUGGUGAUGCUGCGUUUGGCCUGAUGAUCCAGAGAAUUUGCAGCAGGAGGCCGAAGGAGAGGAGGAGCAGGAGGAGGAGGAGGAGGGGGGGAGAGGUGUUGUAGAAGAGGAGGGGCCGAGGAGGAAGAAGGAGAAGAAGGAGAAUGUGGGCGACUAGGGAAGGUCCAUGUCUGCCUGCAGCGGACUGCACUUCUGUGCCGAUGAGCGUGGGCGUUUAUUAUAUCUGCUCGCCGAGCAUCUUUGUUUCUCCUGCCUCCGUCUGUCGCCGUAGGUAGAUUCUUUCGGCGAUUUUGCUGGCCAGCCGACCGAGCGAAUUGCUGAGAGGUUGGUCUUUCUUUCUCCGAGAGAUUUUCCCCUCCCUCUCCUCUCUUGUGUUCUUCCUUCUGGGGCGCGUUGAUGAUCCUUUCGAACUUUGUAAUUGCGGGAGAGACUAUAUAGUUCCUGGAUACGGUGUGCGGCGACGUCAAGUGAAGACGAGGCUUGGAUAUUCAAAUUUUCUCUUGGUGCGAGGGCCAGCCAACAACUCCCAGAGAGAUAGAGAGAGAGAGGAGUGAAGGACGUAGGCCGACUGCCCAAAUAGAGGUGUUGUGGAUUGAACGGGCGAUACUGGAGGAUUUCGUGCGAUGCGUGGCAGGCCGUGAAACGUGGUGCAACGAAGGAAUUGUAGCGGCCAUUUUCGUCGGGUAAGGAGAGGAGCGAGGUGGUGGACUUGGAAGCCAAGAUGGUGCAAAUGACAGAGUUUCGGGUGGUUAUGCCUCUGUCGCUUGAAGAGUACAGAAUAGCCCAAAUGUACAUGGUUACCAAGAUGCAAGAGCAGCAAACAUCAGGCACAGAGGGUGUCGAAAUAUUAGUAAAUGAACCCUUCGAGAAUGAAGAGUUCGGCAAAGGUCAAUAUACGUCAAAAAUUUACCACUUGCAAAGUAAGGCUCCAUCCUGGUUGACAGCUAUAGCUCCAACAAACUCGUUGAUCAUCGAAGAGGAGGCCUGGAAUGCGUAUCCUAAGUGUAAAACAGUUCUUAAGUGUCCAUAUUUUGCCAGGUUCAAGCUUACUAUUGAAACAAUCCACGUCGCUGAUAGUGGACAAUCGCAAAAUGUCCAUAAUCUUUCCAGCGAUGCUCUGAAUAGUAGGAAGGUGGAGACUGUCGAUAUUGCAUCCAACGUGCGGGAUUAUUGGAGUUAUGUGAUUGGGGGUCCUGCAAUCGACCUCGAGACCUUUCAGUCCAGAAAGACUGGCCGAGGUUUAUUAUUACCUGGAUGGCAGUCUAGAGCUAAUCCAGUUAUGACCGCGUACAAGUUGGUCACGGUAGAUGCUCCUUACUGGGGGUUCGGGUAUCGACUGGAGCAGCUUCUCUUGGGGGGAGAAAGGGCACUCUUUGUAGAAAGCCACAAACGAUGUUUUUCGUGGAUAGAUGAGUGGUAUGGUCUCACAUUUGAGGAUGUGCGACUCAUGGAGCUUCAAAUGGAUCAAGCAUUGAAUAUGACUAUGCAUCAACAACAUGGUGUGCCUCAGGUAGCGGGCUUGCUCCCUGAUGUUAAGGGCAAUGGCCUUAAUACCUCAACAGGAACUGGAAAUAGCAACGGUCUGUUAACUCAACAAGUCGAUGAGAGAGAGCAGCAGAUAGACCUGCAAAAGAAUUGCUCUCAAGGGAAAAUAGUGAGCGAAAAGAUAGUGGACACAAACGUUCCGAUGAUGAUAUCAUCCCCUUUUUAAUGCGCCUAAAGUGCCAUAAGUAUAUAUUUCCUUAGUUAUUAGUCCGUGAUCAAAUUGAUCGUCCACUCUGUGCCAUAUCGAGCUUUUGAACACAUGGAUCAAUUUACGCACUGAAAAUAAUAUGGCCAAUGUAGAGUAUAAUCAGCUCUGGCCAUCUGGGUAGGUAAAGCACCUGUCAUAUUACCUUCCAUUAGUGGGGAAUCUGACACAAGGUAUUCGCUCGAGUAUCGCAAUCCAACGUGAAGAUGUAGUUUUUGUUAGAACCAGACUGAUUGCAGGUUGUACAAAUUUUUAGAUUGUUGAAGUGGACCCUUGUUUCUGAGGGAGUUAUGAUGCUUCCUUAUUUGAGGAUUUAGGUAUGGUAUAUUCAGGCACACUAUUUGAUCUGUCGGAUCAAAGCAAGCUGUGAGAUGAUUUCUCAUCAUAUUGAUUACACUCGUGUACUGAUACACGGGCUGUUCAGCCGAUGUGUAUUCUGCGGCCUGCGUGUAAUUUCCUACUUUUGCUCCAGUACAUCUUGACUCACUGAUGUUCCAUUG